CUGAUAAAGAUUCGAUAAACUUCCAUGUCGAAUCGUUAAAAUCGCUAGAAAUCCCUAAAUCGUGUUAGAGCUCACCGAAAAUAUGUUCAAGUUCUUCCUUACCCUUUCACUUUUGGUCCUUCUCAGGAAUGGAGAAGCCAAAUUCGAUUUCAAUGACAUCAGGGAUGUUAUCGUUAAAAAUGGAAUAUUCAACACGACGAUAGCAAUGAUGAUCGACGCCAGUGCUAAAUCAAUCCCAAAUGGAAUACUAAGAGGAAAUUUUUACAAUUUAGGAUCAUACGAUGGAUGUCUAGCUAUAGAAGAUAAGGUGGGAAAUAUCCAUGGCAAAUAUUGCUAUGCAACUUUAUCGAUAAUGGAAAUAUCUCCGCUUUUACAAGAAAACCAAAAACAACUUACCACAAUGUAUGAAAGUGUACAGAAGAAGAAGAAGGUAAUAAUGCAGUUGUUCCCUACGUGA